UUAAAGUUGCUGUCAGAUAAAAUACGAGUACCAUCUAAAUGAAAUGUGAAUUUGUAGAAAUGGCGGCUUGCGAGAAAAAUGAAUCGCAAAGGAUCUGGACGCCCGUGGGGUAGAAGGCGAACUGAUAAUAAAUCCAAACCACAGCCGACAGAUCGUGGUGCCUUCCACCGAAGGAACUUCCGCCUAAUUGCUGCUCCGCUCCUCUUUAUUUUCUCAGUGUUACGUACAAUUGCCUUCCAGUUGUGGGUUGUUUUGGGUAUAAUUGCUUGCAAAGGCAGUGCAAUAAGCGGUAUAUCUCAGCAAAGAGCAGGAUAUCGACCCCAGAGGGAUGCUGAGAUUGGGGUCAGUAUGACAUCCAAGUCUCAAAGAAGUCCUGGUCCAGUAGAUCCUCUGCUGGCCACACAGAAACACCAUCAUAGAAAGGCUUUUGAGUACAUCUCCAAAGCUCUCAAAAUUGAUGAGGAAGAUGGUCGGAAGGAUGUUGCAGUUGAAUUGUACAGGAAGGGCAUCGCAGAACUACAGAAAGGGGUUGCCAUUGACAUUAAAGGACAAGGAGAGGCCUGGGAUAAGGCGAGGAGAUUACAGGACAAAAUGAUGACUAACCUUGUCAUGGCACAAGACAGGCUAGAGGUACUAGAAAAAUUAUUACGUGAGGCUCACAUAUCACCCAAAAGAGCAACAGCAAUGGAAGUUGAUGCAGCAGGACCUUCUGGGGCCACUCGCACCCCUCAGGUGAGGCCCCAGUCUAGCCCACUGUCCCCUAAUGUUACUGUCAGGCAGCGAAAGGCAGCAGCAGCUUCACCACACACCAGUAAAACACCUGUGAUACCCAAACCAUCUGUGAUACCUAGAUCUCAAGUAACCAACAAGCCCAUGAAGAUGAAGCAGCCUAUAGGUGGCGCUGUACACAAGAGUAAUACUCUCCCUCGUAACUAUGGCAACAGCAGAAGAGGUAGCGGAGAAUCGUCUCCACGUAGCUCACCCUCCAACUCACCAUAUGCCUGGAGACGAGGACUACCCAGACAAAAUUCUGUCCCAGGGGCCAAUAAAAAUGUUUUAAAGAAGCCGAAGGACUUAAAGAACCUAAACUUAAAGGGAGUAGAUAAGAAGUUAGCAGAGACUAUACUGAAUGAAGUGAUAGACUCGGGUCCGCCUGUUAGCUUCCAGGAUAUAGCUGGACAAGAUACUGCAAAGCAAGCCCUCCAGGAAAUAGUUAUACUGCCAGCUCUUAGACCUGAGUUAUUUACUGGUUUACGAGCGCCAGCACGAGGGUUGUUGCUGUUUGGACCACCAGGCAAUGGGAAAACAAUGUUGGCCAAGGCUGUGGCUAAUGAAUCUAAUGCUACAUUCUUCAAUAUCAGUGCCUCUAGUCUUACUUCUAAAUGGGUUGGUGAAGGUGAGAAGCUUGUGAGAGCCAUGUUUGCUGUUGCCAAGGAGCUCCAACCUGCUGUUGUCUUUAUGGAUGAGAUAGACUCAGUGCUGUGUGAGAGAAAGGAAGGAGAAAAUGACGCUAGUCGCAGACUGAAAACUGAAUUUCUUGUGCAAUUUGAUGGGGUUGCUGGUGCGAGUGAUGAUAAGGUGCUUAUAAUGGGGGCGACAAACAGACCUCAGGAGUUAGAUGAUGCUGUACUCAGACGUUUCAGCAAGCGUGUGUAUGUAGCGAUGCCAAACAAGUCUACUAGACUGAUGCUGUUAAAACAUCUACUGAGUAAACAUAGCAAUCCGCUGUCUGACAGAGAAGUUGACGACCUUGCUAAACUGACCGAUGGUUAUUCUGGCAGUGAUUUAAAUGCUUUGGCAAAAGAUGCAGCUCUAGGACCUAUUAGAGAACUGUCAUUGUCAGAAGUGAAGGAAGUUGAUGCAAGCAAGGUUCGGCCAGUGAAGUUAUCUGAUUUCCUGGAAUCACUCAAGAAGAUACGCAAAAGUGUUCCUCCUGAAACGUUAAUGAAAUACACUGAAUGGAAUAACCAGUAUGGAGAUAUGAAUGUGUGAACAUUUACAAUAUCGAGGAAAAUGCAUUUAACAAUAGUUAAAAAGGAACAUUUAUGCCAUGCUCAAGUGAUUGAGAAAGAAAGUUUAUGCCAAGCAUACAUAGUGUUAGAAAACCUUUAACCAGACUUAUACAGUGCCUAAAUAGGAGAAACUGGUGGAGAAAUAAAUUUAGACAACCUGUUGUAGUAGAAACUAGAAAGGAUUGGAAAAGCAAUAUAUGUCAUAGCAGUCAUAGAAAUAAAUAUUGGUUAUAUCAGAAAAAUAUUCCAGUAUUGGAUAAAAAAUAAUAUACAAAUUUGACUGAAGCUUUCCAUUCCAAAACUUGUAACAGACAUAAAGUUAACAAUGUUUAAUAAUAUGUAACAUUCUUAUUUUUCACAAAAUCUGUUUUUUUAAUAAUUAUACAGACUUCAUGCCAAUUUUGUUAUAGUUGUACAUACUGUAUAUUAAGGCCUAAUAUGUUCUUUAAAUGUGCUAACUUUACAAUGCAAAAUAUAUGGAUUAACAGUUGUAUAACAUGCAUUAAAUGAUAGUGCUUUAAACAGUAGAAUAUGUCCAACCUCACGCAUUGAAACUGGAAACAUGUGAAGGGCCCAUAGAAAUUUGUCUGAGAGAUCGCUAACUUGAGUCGUCAGCAGUUCAUCAGUUUACAGAAGAUAUUUGGAUCUUAUUUACUAGAGAAGUAUCUGUAAGAAUUAAUAGAAGUAUCUGUGAGAAAUAAUAUUUACUUCACAUAAAGUAGUAUGUCUUAAACAAUGAUAUGUUGACAUUUCUUGAUGUUAUGGUUCGACUGUAUGUCAGUUUUGAUUCCAUCAUGAAAGCACAUUAACAAUCGGUAAACAAGUAGACAAUAUUAGCUUAUGAGAUAAAAUGUUUAAGCAGAGGGAGGUAUUUGAAUGAUACAAUUUGGACAGUAUUGUCACCACUCUGUUGUUAUCAUUAUAUCUUACAAUUGUCAUAUUUUCAAUGUCAUUUGCACUUGAUUCCAUAAAUUUGUAAAUAUACACACAUAUAUAUAUUAAGACAAUAUUCCAACAUUAAUUUGAUGAUAUUGUCACAUCGUCUUUCACUUAAGGUCAUUCUAUAUUUAUAUCGUAUGAAUUAGAAGUUGGGACCAAAAGUAAAGCUGUUGAUAUUACAAUUAGAUGUAUGGCAGAUUGGAAAAUUUCUCGGUAAAGAGAAAAUACAUUAGUAUAUAUUAGCACCACAGACUGGAUAAUAGUUGCAAUAUUUUAAUUUUGAUUAUAUUCAACUUAAUAAUCAAAGAAAAUUUUAUUACUUUUUCAAAAAUAUAACAAGCUGUGAGACAUAAAUUCUAUGCUGCUGACUAUAAAAAGGCAAACUAAAUGUGAUCUGAAAUAAACAAGAUCUGCAGUGUCUUUUGAGAGGUUGGUGUUUUAACUGUUUGUGAGAUUUCGAUUGUGAACAUAUAGGUUAGAGUUUUACGUUUAGAUAUUUAGGUUAGAAUUAUGUUACUUAUGUAAUAUUUUGUUCAUAAAUCUAGUCAUUCUAAACACAGUUUAUUGUUCCAAAAUUCUUUGGACAGAUUUAACAAACUGUCAGACUGUUGAGAUCAGAGCGAUGUGUCCAAUCUUUGUUACAAGAUUUAAUUCUUCUUUUGUAAAACAGAAAUUCAGUUUUAAUGUCAGUUUAGCUUUUAAGACGAAUGUCACUUAUGAUACAAACAGAAAAAUACAAUGUAAAUAUGCAAGAAAUGCUACCGUCCCAGGAAUUCAUAGACACAGCAGUAUAUGUAGGAAGGUAAUAAUCAUGAAGUCAUAGAGAAAUAACAUUUUCUCAUAUUUUUCAGAUAACCUGUUAUUGAGAUAAACAUAUAAUUGAUAAUCUUGUUUCCAUUAGACAUUAUCUUGUUUAGAGGAUCUUAGAUAUUUAGAUACAAGUACUUGCUAUUGAUUUAUUCAGGCAGACAAUAUGGCCUAUCGUUUUAUCUUUACUGGACUCAAUAUGUUAUAUCAUCAGAGGCAUUACAGUACAAGUAAAAAGCUGUCUUUAUUUGAGCUUGAAUUUACGGAGAAAAGUUUUAUAUAGGUAUAUAGAUUAAGCAUAUGAUUUUUAGCUAAACUGAAAUUUCUAAAGAUACAGUCUUACUUCAUUCACUCGAACAUGAUGGGACCAACAAAAUUUGUUUGAGUUAUGAUAGUUUGAGCCAUCAAACAAAAUAAAUCAGAUAGGGAUUUUGCUCGGACAUGAUGAUGAAUUCAAGCGAAGGGUUUUCUUUGAUUUAUCUGAGUUUGACUGAACAAAGUUUACCUGUAUUUAUGCUAAGUGCCUUUUUGGGCACAAUUUUUUCCUCUAGAACUUUUAGAAUACAAAAUAGAUUGUGUACAAAUAAGACAGUUUGCUGAAUAUUAGAGUGAAGAGUUUACUACUUACAUAAGAUACGGAUUUCAGUUUCUAAGUACAUGUAAUGGUUCAAAUUUAUUUUUGUUUUUGAACUGAAAUGUAUGCUGUACAUAGCUUUUAUGAUGAAAAAUUCAAGUGCUAAAAACAGAAACAGGCCGACUGAAUGCCAGUGGAAUUACUGCAUUUAAAGAGCAUUGUGUGGGUAUAUUUUUCUAUUGCUUCGGUUUUAUUGUCUGUCAGAAAUGUUUUAUCUGUCCGAGCUGGAUGCCAAAGACAGUUGAGCCACGCCAUGGGAAAACCAACAUAGUGGGUUUGCGACCAGCAUGGAUCCAGACCAGCCUGCGCAUCCGCAGUCUGGUCAGGAUCCAUGCUGUUCGCUAACAGUUUCUCUAAUUGCAAUAGGCUUUGAAAGCGAACAGCAUGGAUCCUGACCAGACUGCGCGGAUGCACAGGCUGGUCUGGAUCCAUGCUGGUCGCAAAGCCACUAUGUUGGUUUUCUCAUGGCACGGCUCAGUCGAUGAAUGUGAUAAGAGAUUCUGUUAAAGACGUGUAAAAUAGUUUAUUUUAUGAACCUUCAAAAACACAAUAAUGCAAAGUUUUAAUUAGGGCAAAUACUCCAUAAAAUUACUGACUUCCCAGUAGGCAUUUGACGUCGGUUAGACGUCGUAUAGACGUCAGACCCCGACGUCGGAUUAACGUUGGAUUUUGGUUGGAUUUGCAAACCGUUUAGACGUCGGAUCCCAAUGUUGGCUAGACGUCGCAAUCCGACCAUUUUCUAACCACUUUCCAACCAAAAUCUGACCAAAUUUUCAACAGAAUUUGCAAUCAAACAAGUAAUCAACACAUGUAUUUUAUCAUCUUUAUUUCACAUGAUAGCGACAUAAGUCUAAUAUCAUAAAUCCAAAAAAGGUAAUCCAGUAAUUGAAACUUUCAAGUUUAGUCAUGUCUGCAUGAUUCUUCAACUCCACUAAAAUUCCCAUCUGAAAUGUAUAAAAUUUGACAGUUUCAUCAUUUCAUAAAAUUUGAAAACUUAUACAAGUAUGCUAGAGCUAUUACUAAAGCACAUAAUUGCUACAUGCAAAACAAACAUGUUAUAUUUUAAAUUCUAAAAUAAUUCUCUAUAACCUCAUAAAAUGUAAUGAAGUUUUAUGUUAAACGCAAUUGAUUUUUAAAGUAAUAAACAUAAUGCAUCAAUCCUUGAAAGAAUACGUAACAUUAAAAAGAAUAACUAUUAAACUAAGUACAACUUUCAAAAAUCUGCUACUCACGUUGCGGAUCCGUUUGUGUAAAGUAUUUAUAAACUUGCUAUCUUAUCCCACAAAUAUCAAAUUACCGGAAGACUUGUGUAAACCGAUGCAGGCUUAUCUCGCGAAGGCAUGGCUAUUAAACAACAUGUGUAGAAGAAGAUCCUUAGGUGAAUUUAGAAUAAUUUAUACAUGUGUAUAGAAUGCAAUUUUUUCCUGAACAGUUUUAAAUUGGUAAAAAAAAAUUUGUUUCCGAAAAUAGACAAUCUCAUGCGACAUAACAUAAUUAAUGAUAAUGUUUGAUGUGCUAAUGAACUAUUAUUUAUAAGCGUAUGUUCAGGCAUAACUACCUUUAAACUAUUAUAGCAAAAUUACACCAGUUAAUUCCAUAAAUGAAAACAUUUAAACAACAGACUUUCUGUCCAACCUAAUUCCAACGUCUCCUAGACGUCUAAGUCUGACGUCUAUUAGACGUCGUGGUUAUGACGUUGGUUAGACGUUGGAUUCAGGUCGCCGACGUCGCGACCAAAAUCCAAUGUCUAACCAACGUCGGUACGACGUCGGGUGUUUACUGGGUUAUGAUUCAUCUGCUUAUACGUUUCAAUUUGAAGUGAUCUGGUUUCAUGCUUUCAAAUACAUUUUGCUGACAAACUGCUUAUAUUAUCAAGUUAACUUGCAAUUUGAAGUUUCAUACAUUGAUAUCUUAUAGAAAACCUGCUAGAUGUAUUUACUUCUGUCAGAUCUGAGAUUGUAAGAAAUAUUACUUUUCUGAUAAAUUAAACUGCUGAGUUAAUUUUAGGUCGUUUUUUAUGCACUCGGAGUUGCCCUUGUCCAUCCGUCUGUCCAUCAGUCCGAUUUUGUGUUGUGCAUAUCUCAUAUAUUUGACCUAGAGUCAUCAAACCCCACAGGAUUGUUACUCAGCAUGUGAAGUUGUUGGUCUGGUGUUUUACUUGAAAUUUCACACAGCCAGACUAGAGUUUUGGACCUUGACUAAGUCAUAAACAUGCAAACAGUGACAGGAGUGGGGGCACCAGUGUCCUAUGGACACACAUCUUGUUCCAUAAUGUAAACAUGUUUUAGACUAAGAAAGAUAACUUUCUUAAUUUAUCAUUGUUUAAAUAUCUUGCCAGCCUAGUGUAUAAAUAAGUUUAACGCAAGUGAUGAUUUCACUUGUUGUUGUUGUUGUUGUUUCCUUUACUAAGAUAAAUGUAGAAAGUAAUGAAAAGAUCUAAGAAUUAAGAUCCACGAUGCUUGAUACAGAAAUAGCAGACAAACUUGAAUGUUAAUGAAUUUGGCAAGGGUAAAAUUGGCAUACUUCUUGAAGGCAUAAACCCACUAAAUAACUGUCAUUCUUUAUUCUGUAUAAUGUUCACCAACUUCAUAUCAAACUACAGUUUAAGCCCAGCCCCUUGCAAAUAUCUUCUGAAUCAGUAUACAUUUUCCUGAUGAACAGUAAAUAAUGUACUGUGAAAUCAUAAAUAUUCGUGGUGGACUAAUUUUCGUGAAUUGCGUGAUUUAGUCAUCCACGAAAUCUAAUCCCAACGAACAGUUUAAUUCCCAUUCAUUUUAUGUUCAAAAGUUGAAAUCCACAAAUACAUAUCCCUACGAAAUUGCCGUUUUGACCAAAACCACGAAAUUUCAUGCCCAUGAAAUUAAAUGAUUUCACAGUAUAAAAAGCAAAAGAAAAGAGGGGGCUAUUUUCCAUUUAGUCACAAAAUAAACUGCUAAGCAUGAGAUGCAUAUUAAAGUGGUGAUACUGGGAUAUGCCAUCAUUCUGAUGAAUUCUGAAGUGCUAUUAUUUCAUGAUGAAAUGUCUACCAAAAUGUCAAGCAUAGAUGCUCCAUGAAGUUUCAGCAAGAAAUUGCAUCAAAAUUAUGGAAAAAUGCUUGAGCAAAAACAAGAAUCUGCCAUUAUGCAAUCACUAUAAUCUUAAUUGGGGUGUAAAUUGGCCUUUCACUGUCUGUAUACCUGAAAGCAGAUUAAUUAAGAGAGUUCCUUUGCUGUUAUUUUAUCUUUACUGAAAUGAUAAUGUUUGCUUAUUAAGGACAGGUUGUUUGAGAGAUGUACCUAGCAUGUGCUAGUAAGCAUACAGAAAGGUGCUAAAAUAUAGUGCCAUAGAAUUUCCUUAACCCUUAGCCUGCUGGCGGCGAUUGGUUUUGCCUUUGCGACCAGUGCAGACCAAGAUCAGCCUGCACAUCCGUGCAGUCUGAUCAUGGUCUGCACUGUUCGCUAUUCAGUCAGUAAAUUUUCAGUGAAAACCCCUUUGAGUAAUAAGUGGUACUGUCCAAAUUGAAAGAUGGACCAGUCCAUUAUAGAAAUAUAGCAGGUUAAGGGUUAAACGCAACAUUUUAGCUAAUAAAACUGCCAAAGUAAUUUAUAUCAAAAUGUUUGAGACUGGAUAGUGAUCAGAGGUACAUAAUUAUCAUUUAAUCACUCCUUACCACCUUACCACACAUCUUCAUUAGCACGUCACGUAGUUGAGUAACAGAGAAAGAGUAGAAGAAAUAACUCCAUGUUCUGACAAUUCAACUCAGCCAUAUUGUAUCAUCAGGUUGUCAAAGGCUGAUUUUGUGUUGUUUAAAAUAUUUCUGGAUUAUGAAUCAUAACUUAUCAUUUCAUUCUAAUGAUUCUAUUUACUAUUAAAUUUUGUUGUUUGACUUUUACAUUCUAUGUUUUCAGGGAACAAAUUGUAUCAAUAAUCCGUAGUAAGACUUGAUUUUUGUAUUAUAUUGUGGGUCAAAUUUUUUAAUUUCUUUUUACAAAAUUUUGAAUGCUCAUUAUCAACACAUCUUUUCAAGUGAAAGAAAUUCCCUUUUUGUAAUAUAAUUAUGCAAUUUUUAAACUGUAAAGUUACGCUGUUAAUAUAUAGUUUGCUUACUGUAUGAAGUAACAAGCCAGUUGUAAAAAUAUAGGUACAAUAAAUGAUGUGCCAACAAGUCAGAUUUGGAAAGUCAAAACAUAAAUUAUAUUUUCACAUUAGUAAAAUCAGCAUUUUAUUUUCACAAAAGCAGAGCUUUUUCAAGGAACAUAUUUAAUCACAGCAUAGAGAUUACCUCUACAUUAUGAUACUAAGACAUUUUGUUUUGUUUGUUUGUUUUGGGUUUAACGCCGUUUUUCAACAGUAAAUACUAAGACAUGUAACUUACAGUUUAUUCAUCUCUUAUUGGUAUUUUGCUGUUAAAUAGCUGUAUGAUGACUGUCGUUACACGAUUAACAUGUCCAGACACCUUCAAAGGCUUAAGUAAUCUUAACAUAUCAUAAAUAUUCCAGUGAUCACUCAGGCCUUUAUUGCAAUCUUUCUUGUAAAAUGUUAUAGAUGAGAGGCUGUUAGAGACAUAGUCACAUAGCCUUAGCCUCUAAUAUAGGAAACAAAGAAAUGAAUUAAAAAUUUCCAUUUUACAUAAAAAGGGAAAUAAGAAAAAAAGGUUUUCUUAAUGAUAGGUUGAUCUUUCCAGAAAAAACUUGGAACUGGCCUUAGAAAGUUAAAUUAAUUGUUACAACUUGAGGUGAACAAAAUUGUUAAUUUAUCCAUUGAAAAUUUGGAAUUAGACUGGCAUCAGUCGUUAGAGUCAUAAAAUGUAAAGCACUGGCCAUAGAAUCAAUCCUCUCUGAUACCACUUUCUGAAAAAAAUUACAAUAUCUCUUGCCUCUGUCUCUAACGACUGGACAAAUGCGAUUUUGAACCGGACAGAUUUCAUACCCGCUAGUAAUCACCAUCUCAUUACGAUCAUUGCAAACCUGUUCAUGAUGUAAUGUAACCUUUGGCCGACUUCCCCAAGAGUUCAAUAAGCAGUGCUUUGCUUUUAUGACUUGGUGAGUAAGAUAGAGAGAGAAAUCAAAUUUCACUAGUAAGUAUAAAUAAAUUACAAUUUAAAUAUGAAAAUGUGUGUAUCAAAAUACUGUCAAUUUAAUUCUAAGAGGGAAGAGACUGGAAACUGAAAAAAAAUCCAAAAAAAAAUCAUUUAUUCAAUAUAUCUCCAAAGUUUUUUUAGCUCACCUGUCACAAAGUGACAAGGUGAGCUUUUGUGAUCGUGCGGUGUCCGUCGUCCGUCGUCCGUCCGUCCGUCUGUCCGUCCGUGCGUCCGUAAACUUUUGCUUGUGACCACUCUAGAGGUCACAUUUUUCAUUGGAUCUUUAUGAAAGUUGGUCAGAAUGUUCAUCUUGAUGAUAUCUAGGUCAAGUUCGAAACUGGGUCACGUGCCUUCAAAAACUAGGUCAGUAGGUCUAAAAAUAGAAAAACCUUGUGACCUCUCUAGAGGCCAUAUAUUUCACAAUAUCUUCAUGAAAAUUGGUCAGAAUGUUCACCUUGAUGAUAUCAAGGUCAAGUUCGAAACUGGGUAACGUGCCAUCAAAAACUAGGUCAGAAGGUCUAAAAAUAGAAAAACCUUGUGACCUCUCUAGAGGCCAUAUAUUUCACAAGAUCUUCAUGAAAAUUGGUCAGAACGUUCACCUUGAUGAUAUCUAGGUCAAGUUCGAAACUGGGUCACGUGCCAUCAAAAACUAGGUCAGUAGGUCAAAUAAUAGAAAAACCUUGUGACCUCUCUAAAGGCCAUAUUUUUCAUGGGAUCUGUAUGAAAAUUGGUCUGAAUGUUCAUCUUGAUGAUAUCUAGGUCAAGUUCGAAACAGGGUCAUGUGCGGACAAAAACUAGGUCAGCAGGUCUAAAAAUAGAAAAACCUUGUGACCUCUCUAGAGGCCAUACUUGUAAAUGGAUUUCCAUUAAAAUUGGUCAGAAUGUUCACCUUGAUGAUAUCUAGGUCAAGUUUGAAACUGGGUCACGUGCCUUAAAAAACUAGGUCAGUAGGUCAGAUAAUAAAAAAACCUUGUGACCUCUCUAGAGGCCAUACUUUUCAUGGGAUCUGUAUGAAAGUUGGUCUGAAUGUUCAUCUUGAUGAUAUCUAGGUCAAGUUCGAAAGUGGGUCAACUGCGGUAAAAAACUAGGUCAGUGGAUCUAAAAUUAUUAAUAUCUUUUGACCUCUCUAAAGGCCAUAUUUUUCAAAGGAUCUUCAUAAAAUUGAUCUGAAUGUUCGCCUUGAUGAUAUCUAGGUGAGUUUCGAAACUGGGUCACAUGCGGUCAAAAACUAGGCCAGUAGGUAUAAAAAUAGAAAAACCUUGUGACCUCUCUAGAGGCCAUAUUUUUCAUGAGAUCUUCAUGAAAAUUACUGAGAAUGUUCACCUUGAUGAUAUCUAGGUAAAGUUCAAAACAGGGUCACAUACCUUCGAAAACUAGGUCAAUAGGUCAAAUAAUAGAAAAACCUUGUGACCUCUGUAGAAACCAUAUUUUUCAAUGGAUCUUUAUGAAAAUUGGUCAGAAUUUUUAUCUUGAUAAUAUCUAGGUCAAGUUCAAAGCUGGGUCACAUGAGCUCAGAAACUAGGUCACUAUGUCAAAUAAUGACGUCAUACUCAAAACUGGGUCAUGUGGGAAGAGGUGAGCGAUUCAGGACCAUCAUGGUCCUCUUGUUUACUCAUGUCAGAGGGUAGAUUAAUCUCUGCAAUAAAUCACAAAAUUAUUUUCCUAUCUACAGUCCCCAUGCAGAUUCAUGUUAAUCAGGCUACUUUUCCUAAUAUAAACCGAGAUGUGUUACGCGUACACCUUUUCCUGCUAAAUUUCUAUAAUGAACAUAUCCAUCAUUCAAUUUAGACGGAACCAUUUACUGUUAGAAGGGGUACCAAAAAAGAUACUGACUGAAUGGCAAACAGUGCAGAUCAUGAUCUACACUGGUCGCAAAGGAAGAAUUAAUUGUGUCCAGCAUGAUAAGGGUUAACUGGAUUUGCGAUUUGGUAAAAUGUUUCUGUGCAAAAAUAAUCACGUCUGCAGUAUUUGAUAAGUAGUAUUUUUAUGAAAUUAAGUUCAACUUUUGACAGAAAUAAAUGAAAAUUAAGCGGUCAAAAGACUCAUGCAAGAAAUAUUUAUAUUGUAAAUACACAUGGUUUUAAGGAAAUUUCAUGAAAAUAUGUUAUAACACAGGAUCUUCAUCUGCAUUAAAUGCCACCAAAAUAUUAUGACAUACACCCUUUCGGGUAAAAUUUCAUACUACCGGUACUUGUAUUUCCAUUAACUACAUCUCAGGGUAUCAAAAACAUGUCCAUGUUUUAAAUAACCACAGUAAUGGUUAUGCCAUAAUAUUUGAUUUGAGUUUUUAAAUUGCACAGAAUGUCUGGCUACAUAGAUUUGCCACUGUUACUAACUAGAAAAAGAUAGUAUAAAAAUAAAAUUGUUCUUUUGUAAAUAGAAUGAGUAAAUCGUAAGUAUAAUGCGCAGUUUAAACUAUAAGUAGUUUUAAAGGUCCAUAAUGAUUUAUUAUGAGCCAUUAAUUAUCUUUUAUUAACUGUUACAGGCAGAAUUUGUUAACGACAGCCUUGAUUGUUAUGAUGCAUCAAUUUCCUUUUUUGAAAAAGUAAUUUUCAUUUGUAAUCAUUUCUUAAAGUCAAACUAACUAGUGAUUUCUAAAGCAAUUUUAAUGAUAUUAUAUUGAAAACAUAAGCUCCUGUCAUAUUUUCUACAAUAAUGUAAACAAUUAAAAAAAAAACAAAAAAAAAA